GAUUGAUGAUGAGAUGGUUUUAUAUGCUUUUGAACACUGCGUUGAUUUUUUUAACUCUCGUCGUGUUCAUAGACUUUCAUCCAAACUCCUCAGAACAUCAUCAUCAUCACCAAAACUUAAAAUCCCCCCUCAUCUCCCCUCCUCACCACCGUUUCUCACAUCUCGAGCCUCAUCACUCAUCCUUUCCCGCCAAACGUCCAGCCCAACUCUACCUCCCACGCCUCCCAACCUCUCCCAAACGCUCAGUUCCUGCACCUGUACAUUAUGUAUGUCUCACCAACACGCACAACACAACACAAUCAAUAGCCCCCCAUCCACUGUACCUACAUCACUAUCCACCAUCCACCUUCACCAAACCAACUCUCACCGCUCCAACACAACACAACACAACACACUCUAAGUCUCACCUUACGAGUUAGACACGUCACCC